AUGGAAAACCAACCCAUGUUGGAUUCCGAGUUUUACCGACACAACAAUACUUCCAUCAGAAGGAAGCCACUCAAUGAAGACAAUACGAGACACCCUGGUAGUGAAGAGGAUAACGACUCACCCGCCCCCGACACGCCCGCUUCAGCCCCGAGCGAAGACAACCAGAAAACCACAACGAAAGACAAGAGGAUCAAAGCUAUUUUAAAGUCACUAUGGUGGUUCCUCAACCUCCCCAUUGUGACGAACGCAAUCUACGCUUUGAUAAUCAUACAACUCACCAUUUUCAUUGUGGAAGAAAGGCAGAGGACAAGGAACGCAUGCGCAGAGAGCGGUUAUGAGGCCCUAUUAGAGGCGAUUCAAAUAUUGACAAACCUAACGAAUGCCCGCACUGAGAGCAUUGCGGCCAUGGCAAAGAAACUGGAAGGACUAUGA